AAUUGAGGCGCCGAACGGCUUGUUAGGGUAGCUACGCCGGUCAGACGUUACCUGGUCGGUGAUGGCGGCGGCUGCGACAACGGCUCCCCCCGCACACUGGAGCCGCUUUGAGCAGGAACAAGACGUCACGGUGCGGGAGCUGAUACGGAGAAUAACCGGCCUGAGCGAGCAGAGCGACGAAGAGCUCCCUGGUCAGUUCCAGGCGGCACUGAAUUUCGCCUGGUCUAACUUCAGAUUUCAUCAAUUUCUUGAUGUCAGCAGCCACAAAAUAGAGAAGGUAGUGGAUGGAAUUUAUGAAAAGCUGAUUGUUCACUCAGACCUCAUUAAAGCGGAAAGCUGGAAGAGAUUAAUAGAAGAGUUCCUGAAUUCAUCUCUUCUAACCACUGAAGGAACUAAGACAAAUACCCAUUAUGCCAUACUCUCCCUUCUGCUGUGCUUGUCUGACUCCCCUUCCAAUACCAGCUAUGCCGAAAAACCAAGAGAGAAAGAAGUGGAAAAAGAAGAAUUUGAUUGGGGAAAAUACUUAAUGGAAGGUGAAGAACUUGACUUUGGUCCUGAUGUUGAAACACCGGAGUGGUCUGAUAUAAGUGAUGAAGAUACUGAACCUUUGAGCAGGGAAGACUCUGGCAUUCAAGUGGACAGGACACCACAAGAAGAUCAUAACAAGAAGGCAGUGUCUCAUGUCACUUGGAAAGGUGAACUUGAUGCACGUGCCUGGCUGGAGCAGCAUGUAGUUCCUCAAUAUUGGACUGGCAGAGUGAUUCGUUUUCCCCAUAGUCUACAUUUUCAUUCCAAUUUAGCAGCUGUAUGGGAACAGCACUUAUAUAAUAGUGAUCCUUUGUACAUGCCAGAAGAGAGAAUACUUGUCACUGAAACACAGGUCAUUCGUGAAACCAUUUGGCUUCUUUCAGGCGUAAAAAACCUCUUUAUAUUUCAACUGAAUGAAGGAAAGAUUACAGUGAGAAAUGAUAUCAUGGUAACCCAUUUGACUCAUAAUUCCUUAAGAUCAAUGCUGGAGCGGAUUGCAGCAUAUGGUCAAGUUGUAUUUAGGCUACAAAAAUUUAUUGAUGAAGUGAUGGGUCACAGCUCAGAAAGCAUAAUGCCUGGAAUCAUUUCCACUCCCAAGAAAUGUGCAGAAGCCCCAUUUAGAACCUAUCAAGCUUUCAUGCUGGCUCUCUAUAAAUAUUUCAUUAGUUUCAAAGAAGAACUUACUGAAAUUGAGAAGUGCAUUAUCCACAAAGACACAACAAUAACUCUUUCCAUAGUCAUAGAUAAAUUGUCACAUCGACUAGCACAGCUGAAAGUGCUUCAUAAAAUUUUUAGCACAGGCGUUGCGGAAGUACCACCUGACACUCGAAAUGUUGUAAGAGCAUCUCAUUUGCUUAAUACACUGUACAAAGCUAUUCUCGACUAUGACAACGUUGGAGAAGCCUCUGAACAAACAGUUUCCCUUUUAUUUUCUCUCUGGGUUGAAACAGUAAGACCGUAUUUACAGACAGUGGAUGAGUGGAUUGUCCAUGGUAACUUGUUUGAUCCUGCUAAAGAAUUUAUAAUUCAGAGAAACAAAAAUGUUCCAGUUAACCAUAGGGACUUCUGGUACGCCACUUACACCUUGUAUAGUGUAUCUGAGAAGACUGAGAAUGAAGAGAAAAUGAGCGAUAAUGCGAGUGCCAGUUCUGGCAGUGAUCAAGCACCUUCAAGCAGGCAGCACACCAUGGUCUCCUUCCUAAAACCAGUACUAAAGCAAAUCAUCAUGGCUGGGAAGUCCAUGCAGCUGUUAAAGAACUUGCAGUGCACAGACGGGCCUCCACAACAGGCUGCAUCAAGAGAUGCAGAAAGGAAGAGCUUGUACACAUUAUUUCUGGAAUCCAUCCAGUCGCGGCUGCGGCACGGGGAAGAACCUGUUCAGGAGGUUAUUACAGAACAGCAGGCAACCAAACGGAGUCUGAUAAAGAUGCAGUCUAUUGCAGAAAGGCAUUUGGAGUUGGAUGAUGUUCAUGAUCCCUUGCUGGCUAUCAAUUUUGCAAGAUUGUAUUUGGAACAAAGUGACUUUCAUGAGAAGUUUGCUGGCGAUGAUGUUUGUGUGGAUAGAUCCUCUGAAUCAGUUACGUGCCAAACAUUUGAACUGACGUUGAGGUCUUGUCUUUAUCCUCACAUAGACAAGCAAUAUCUAGAAUGCUGUGGAAAUUUAAUGCAGACUUUGAAGAAAGAUUACAGGCUGGUAGAGUACUUGCAAGCAAUGAGAAACUUUUUCUUACUUGAGGCUGGUGAUACCAUGUAUGACUUCUACACAUCAAUUUUUGAUAAAAUAAGAGAGAAGGAUACAUGGCAGAGUGAGCCAUUCCUUAAUGUUCAGCUCCAAGAAGCAGUUGGACAACGUUACCCAGAAGAUAGCUUAAGGCUGUCUAUAUCAUGUGAAAAUAUUGAUACUGCCAAGAAAAAACUUCCAGUUCAUACCUUGGAUGGUUUAAUACUGAGUUAUAAGGUCCCUUGGCCAGUGGAUAUAGUUAUAAGUGUAGAGUGUCAAAAAAUUUAUAAUCAAGUGUUUCUUCUGUUGUUACAAAUAAAGUGGGCCAAAUAUAGUCUGGACGUAUUAAGAUUUCAUGAGCCAGUCAGUGCAGCAGAAAAGCCUCAAAGUAAAGGCGGAGUGACUGUAUUUGAACAAGAACUGCUUCCUCAGUUUGGAUCCCAGGUAGAGUCCAUAAAACAACAAACUCAUCGCAUGUUCCUUCUAAGGAUGAAACUCAUGCAUUUUGUUAACAGCCUACACAACUACAUAAUGACUAGGAUUCUUCACAGUACAGGUUUGGAGUUUCAACAUCAGGUAGAAGAAGCAAAAGAUCUAGAUCAACUGAUUAAAAUUCAUUAUAGAUACCUGUCUACAAUUCAUGAUCGCUGCCUGCUGAGAGAAAAGGUUAGCUUUGUGAAAGAAGCUAUAAUGAAAGUUCUGAACCUAGUACUGAUGUUUGCAGAUCGUUGGCAAGCAGGCUUGGGAGCUUGGAAGAUGGAAUCCAUAACAAAGAUGGAAUCAGAUUUUAAAAACUGCCACAUGUUCCUUGUGACAGUGCUAAACAAAGCAGUCUGUAGAGGCUCUUUCCCACAUUUGGAGUCUUUAGCCUUAUCACUUAUGGCUGGUAUGGAACAAAAUUAGCACAACGCAGACUGACAUGAAGCUACUAAAACUCCUACGACUUCUUAACACUAUUGCCAUUCAUUAGUGAUCAUUCACUUGGGUUGGUCACAAGACUGCAGUCUACACUCUAGAAUUUACAUACUUGUACAUAAAUGGACAGAUGAUGUGUAUAAAAUGUUUCCUGCAAAUAAAAUACAGUAUUUAAUGGUGCAACUAUUUCAUUUCAUUUAUUUCUGCAUUAUUAAACGUUAAUUAAGUCCCUGAUUCUGCUAUCCUCUGUGAUCAACAAAACAAAUAGCGCAAGUGUUCUCUGAACUUGAUUGUAUGCAUAGGCUACAGGCUAUCCCACAAUGCAAUUAUUUAUCCAGUAGCAUUGAAUUGUAUUCAUUUCUUUUCUCGAAGAUGUAAUUGUAUUGUAGCUGUUUUGAAUUUCCACAGCUGUAGAGACAAAAAGUACAUUCUACUAAAUGUUUUCCAAGAAAAGUAAUGGGUAUUGGCACAGGAGCCAUACUGGUUUAUGCCAUGGCUAUCUUCUUAUAACCCUGAUGUCCAACUCCCAAAUGUCCAUAUUUAAAUUUGUAAACUGAAAAGUGUGUGUAAUAUAAUGUAAAUGUGUAAUGUAAUGGAUUGUGCUUGUAUUAUUCAUUUGCAAUAUUUAUCUGCUUUAUUUAUAAAUCUGCUUUUCUUCCAGAGACUUGAGGAUUUUAAAAUUAAAAACCAACAAUAAAUACAAUAAAAAUCAUCUACAAAUGUUCAAAGAAGGAUAAUACUACUUUUCCUAUAUUCCAAAUGUAUUUAUAUUUUUAUUGCUUAUUAUGAGGUCUGGUGUAAGUGAUUUACAGUGCAGUCCUGUGAGGCUAACUUGAGUGAAAUCAAUAGACUCAGACUGAAAUAACUCUGAAUAGGACUGCACUGAUAAUGCCAGAAACAAUUGUGUAGGAAUUUGUACAAGUUAAUAUACGGAGCUGAGCAGAUUCAUUGUCAAAAAAACACAUUAUUUUGUGUGUAUGUGACUCCUUUUGUAAAAUACUGAUCAGAAUUCCCAUGGGAGAAUUGUUGCUUCUGGGGAUAGGGAGCAGAGGAAAGGGUUUUGAUGGUUAUAUGCAACA